AUGUCCUUCUCGAGCGUGCCGGUGGCCACGCCGCGGCGCUCGUCGGCGGCCAGCGGCGGCCCGCGGCGCGCCAGCACGGCCAUGGCGCCGAGCAGCAGCGUGUCGCCGCCCUUGGGCUCGUGCUACGGCGGCGACGGCGUGCGCAGUGCCUCGCGCGCCGGCAGCAUCUCGACGCUCUGGAGCUCGGCCGACAUUCCCCUCUUUCUCGACCAGCGCAGCGGCAGUGCCGGCAGCCUGACGCACGCCGGCUCCUCCUUCUCCGGCGGCGGCCGCGUCGGGAGCAUCGUCAGUGUCUCCAGCUUCGCCUCCGGCUGGCAGCCCAUGGCGCGCGGCAGCUCCAGCACGGGCGCCUCGUCGGGCGCCGAGCGCGAGCGCCUCUGCCAGCGCGCCCAGCUCAUCGAGGAGGAGGAGGCGGCGGCCGAAGACGCAGCGGCGCUCGCCUCGAUGGCGCGCGCCUCGUACGCGGCGCCGUCGCGCAGCCAGGAGGCCAGCUACGCGAGCUUCUCCUCCGCGUCGUCGCUCGAGCCGCGCGACUCUGUGCCGGCGCUCUCCGUGUCGUACGCCGCCUCGUCGCGCCAGUCCUCCAUCGUCACUCCGACGACACCGACGUUUCCGGCAUCCGCGACGCUCAGCGCAGACUCGCCACGCACGCGCCUGCAGAAGCAACGGCCCUCGGCACUGCAGCUUGACGGCGUCCGGCCAGCGUACCGCGACAUCAGCGCUCCUUCCAUGCCCGUGUCCGUCAGCUACGGCAGCCAUCUGACAUGCGGCAGCGGCGGCGCGACGCCGAUGCGUGCCAAGGCAAGUGCCAACAGCCUCAGGAGCGGCGCGAUCCUCGAGCAGAGCUCAGCCCCGCCGCUGCCUUCGCCCGCUCGCGCUCCCGUCGAGCACCGGCGGCGAGUGACGCAACCGUCAAAUGCUCAGCUCUACGCCCAGGCCGAGCAGUUCUUCCAGCCAAACUACACCAUGGUGACGCCCCCUGCGCCUGACGCGAGCGAACGCUCGAGCGACUCGCCGCUGGUCACGCCUGUCCGACGCUCCCGCCAGCGCCAGUCGACGUCCACCUUCGAGACGGACGACUCGCGCGGCAUGCCGUCGCACGACGAGUCUGGCAGUAGCUCGAGUGCCUCCGUCGCUUCCUCGCACGGUCCGCGCGAGCAGGAAGACUCGGGCAUCGUGAUGAGCGACUUUCUCUCCAGUCUCGACGCGUCGCGCCCGACCACUGCUCCCGGCGCCACACUGUUCGGCCGUCUCGGAGACGGCAAGAGCCCCUCGCCCGUCUCGUCACCGCUGCGUGCGGCUGUCAAGCUUGCAGCUCGCGGCCGGCCGCACACUGGCGAUGCGUCGGCGCCGUGUGUGCCACGCAAGAUCUCCUCGCGCACGCAGGAGCUGCGCAGCUCGGCAGCCGGCGACGGCAGAGGCCUGGAUGGCCCGUCAGCGCCGGAGCGCAGCUUCGCUGAGCGACCCGGCUCCAGCGGUCGCGAGCGAUCGGUCAGCGCUCGUCUGCGCAGCGCCGUUUCGACGCCUCGCCUGCGGCCGCUCAGCAGCGGCUGGCGCUCGCGCCGCGACGAGGUGGAAGUGCCUGCGCUGCCGAGUCCUUCACUCCACAAGACUGCACCGAGAUCUCCUCCUGCGCCGUCUCUGCCGGCGCCCAGCCUCUUGAGCGGCAGAGGACGCUCGCACACCGUCGGCGAGGCUGAGCGGAAGCCUGCGGGUCUGAGCUUCGCCGACCUGCCUCCGCUGCCCUCGCGCAGCCCAGCGCAUGCGAGCUCGGCGCACUCGGACUUGCCUCCGAGUCGCCUCCGCACACCCAGCCGCGCCGACACGACGGCCAGCUCGGUUGCCUCCUCGAUGCGUUCCUUCACUCAAGGGCCCAACUCCUCGACGCCCGAGCUGCACCGCGGCAUGCGCUCCUCGUCGCAGACCUCGGCAGCAACCAGCACGGCUCGGCCAAAGAGCAAGGGUGGCUGGGCUAGCCACCUGGCGGAUGGCCUCACGCUGCACAUUGAGCACGAGGGCCGCAUGCAGCUCGUCAACAUGAGCUACCUCUACUACGACCCGUUCGGCAAGGCCGAGGACCUGUGCAGCUCUGAGGCCGCCUCGCUGGCACCUGGACAGCGCUCGCUGACGCCCAAGCGGCCAAAGUCGAAGGGCGGCCGCGAUGACGGCGAGGAGCAGAUUGGCACCCUCGAGUUCGAGCUGCUCGCCGCUGCAGACGUGGCCGCGACGCUGGACUUUGCAGCACACACCGGGCCAGUCCUGCGCCACCUGACGAUUGGCAACGACAAGGCCGAUCUGCUCACGCGCCAGGCUACGCUCUCGCUCUCCGCAAACGGCACGAGCGAGGUGUCCGGCAGCGAGCGCAAGGGUCGCCUGGCAUGGCGCCUCAUCUACAACGUCGAGGAGUCUAGCCAGCGUGGCAACAAGGUGCUGCGCCCUCUGAAGUUUUCUUGCUCCGCCACGCUGCUGGACCCGCUGCGAGCACGCAAGGGCCGGCUGCUUAACAUGGUCCGCAAGCAGAUCUUUGCGCCGAACCUCGCGUCCAUUCCCGUCAUUGGUCUGCCCGCGCCGCAGCAGCUCGCUGCGCAACACAUCGACGGGCUCGGCAUUCCGUGGCUCGAGCUGCACUUCGGCUCAGCUGAGCCCGGCAUACAAGGCAGCCUACAGCGAGCCGGCACCGGACCGCGACGAGCCGUACGCCGGCCGGCCAUCGACUGCGUCCAGCAGCAGCAUGUCCUCUCGCGCCACCGGCUCGGCCUCGUGCAUUGA